GAACUUUUCAGUUGCUUGUUAGAUCGAAACGACCGUGGACGUGCGCUUAGAAGCUUAACAUUAUUCUGUUACAAAAUAUUAAUUCAUCGCGACUUCGAUAGUAACAGCAUUUUUGUAUACGAUUCAGACAACUGACAACAUAGUUUUCAAUUUAUAAAAUUUUAUUAAAGUUGUGCGAAAAAAAAAUAGUUAUUAGAAGUGUGGAAUUUUUAAUUAGAAUUUUACAGCCUUGAUUUGAAUUCUUAGUACUGAGUAUUGGUUUUGAACUUUCAAGUUGUCCGUUUUUAUUUUCGUUCUACAUCAUCGACAAUUAAUUUUAUUAUUUUGCUAAAUUAAUCGAACGUGUCGUGUCUUACAUUAAAUAAUUGUUUUUUGUGUCACGCUAUUGAAAUACAAAAAAACGACAAUGAAUUUCGGAUUGGGCGAACUGUCAGCUAGUGAGCUAAACGCUGCUAUUGACGAUACAAAUUUUCCGAAAAAUAACAACAAUGUUGAAAAUGGGAAAAAGAAAGAAAAUGACGAUGGGGCUAAUGGUGUGAUCAGACCAUUCAGAAAUGGUUCGUCUAAGCGUGAUGUACCGUCACCGUUGAAUGGAACCGUUUUUAGCGACAAUUAUUCGGACGUACCUAGCACUCCGAAAACUCCUAGGACAACCACAACUCCUGGCCAUGAGAACUGUACAUUCCACCAUGAUUUGGAAUUGGACCAUAAACCACCAACCAGGGAAGCAUUGCUUCCUGAAAUGGCCAAAUCCUAUCGGUCAUUAUUGAGUGGAUUGGGUGAGGAUCCUGAUCGACAAGGAUUAUUAAAAACGCCUGAACGAGCUGCUAAGGCAAUGCUGUUCUUCACAAAGGGAUACGAUCAAAGUCUUGAAGAGGCUAUAAACGGUGCUAUUUUUGACGAAGACCACGAUGAAAUGGUUGUCGUUAAAGACAUUGAAAUGUUCUCAAUGUGUGAGCAUCAUUUGGUACCAUUUUUUGGAAAAAUUUCGAUUGGCUAUUUACCGUCAAAGAAGAUUCUUGGUUUGAGCAAGCUGGCAAGGAUCGUUGAAAUCUACUCGAGACGUCUUCAAGUUCAAGAGAGAUUGACCAAGCAGAUAGCUGUGGCCGUCACACAAGCUGUUCAACCUGCAGGUGUUGCCGUUGUUGUCGAAGCAAGCCAUAUGUGCAUGGUAAUGCGAGGUGUUCAAAAAAUUAACAGUAAAACCGUUACAUCCACAAUGCUUGGCGUGUUUCGUGAUGAUCAGAAAACACGAGAGGAAUUUUUGAAUUUGGUCAACACUAAGUAGAGAGGACGUAUUGUAAUGGAGAUUGGAGAUGAGGUGCUUGCAUAUGACUAAAACACUGUAGUGAACAUUUUACCAUUUGUUGAAUUUUAUGAUUGUGACCAGACAUUAUUAUUGAUGGGACCAAAGUGAAUGUAUUGUAAACAAAAAUAUAUAUAUAUUUACAUUUUAUGAAGCAUGUUAUCGUAAUUUUAAAGCAAAGUUUUACAAAGCUCUCUAUUUUUUGAAGUAAAUGAAAAAAAUAUUUUUAUAGAAAAAAAAUGUUUUAACGGAAAGACAUAGAAAAAAAAACUUUUAAAAAGUGUUCAUCACCAUAGGCAGUAAUAGCAUUUUGUGAAAUGGUGCAGGAGAUUUAUUUAUGAAAAUUGUCCAUUUACCUUAUUAAGUUUCUGAAAUUCGAUAUUUUGUUGAGAACUAAAUUAAAUUAAAAAAUUCAGAUAUGAAGUUGAAGCGAAAAACUCUUCAAAUCCGUAAAUUAAUCAGGAUAUUUGUUUCCGAUUUUUCUGUUACAAUCAGUAAAGAGUGAAAAUGGCAUUAAAUCAAAAAACAUGCGAUUAGUUUAUCGUUAUUACAAACUAGUGUUCUAGACACCUAAAAACUAACAACUUUUAAUAAAUUCACAACGAAUGAAUGAUAAUGGGACCAAAAUAUGUUUUAAAAGAAAUGUAUUAUAUGAAAACUCUGUAAUAAAUAAAUGUAUAAUGUGUAUACCUACUUAAAAUGACAAUAAAACAGUCACAAUAAAAA